GUUAUAAUGUUGGAAAUGCUACUUCAGUGAAAGGGAAAGUGUUUGUGACAUGAACUUAACAUUUUCUAGGAGGACAACCCUUUCUAUUGCUUAACACUCGGGGAGGUGCUUAGGCCAGUAAGGAUCCACACAUGGAACGACUUAGUGUUUACUUUUCUCAUAAUGUCCAUCUCUGAGCUUUAGAUACAUGCUCUGGCCGGCUCGGUUUGCUCAGAGAUUAAGGCGUGGAGGCCAUACGUGGAGUUGUUUGAAGAGGCCUAAUUGGAUCUGGGUUUUGAUAAUGGUCUUAUACGAAGAUUGUUUAUAUCAUGAAUGAGAAAAGCACCUCGAUUAUAGACUGCGAGGGCAAGUUUUUGGACACGUGGAAAGACUCUGAUGUGUCAUCCAAUGCCAUUCCACCAUGAAAUUACCGUCCUUGUCCUGGCAAUUCUGUGGACUCCUCUGUGCCAGCGCGCUAACAUCCCUGGUCAUCCUGAGGUUUCUCGCCUCUAUCACGCAAGACGGGCCGGUUGUUUCAAGGCUUUGGGAUUCCAGACGGCAUUGGGAUUCCGAAAGCGAUCCCGUCACACAUCCGGCGGAUCGGCGUCCCUCCAGGCGCAGGGGAAGGGGCAUCGGCUUUGAGCAGCUUCAGAGAGCCGAUCAGAGGCCGCUCGAGUGCCCCAGGGAUCUGCUGGUGGUGAUUCUCGUCACGUCGGCCCCUUGGCACUCGGAACAGAGGGACGCCAUCCGCAGCACGUGGGCACAGAAGCGCGAGGGCACCGACUACCCCUGGCAAGUGGUGUUCCUGGUCGGGCUGCCCGCGGAGCUGGGCAUCUACCCGCACAUCGCUCAGGAGCAGCAGGACUACGGAGAUAUCCUGCUGGGGAAUUACGUGGACUGCUACCGGAACCUCACCCUGAAGGUCAUGCACGGCCUGCGGUGGGCGGCGGAACGCUGCGACUGUCGCUUCGUCCUGAAAACGGACGACGACUGUUUCGUGAACACGGACCAGCUCCCGCGCUACCUGGCGGAGUUCAACAAGGACCGCGCCGGGGUGUACGUCGGUUCCGUGUUCCGCCUGGGAAGACGGCAGGUCGUCCGGGACCAGCGCAGCAAAUGGUACGUCUCCAAAGAGGACUUCCGCGAUCGGGAGUACCCGCCGUACGCCAGCGGGGUGGGCUACGUCCUCUCCGUGGACGUGGCGCGCGAGCUGGUGGAGGCGGCGAGGGACGUGCCGCCCGUGCCCAUGGAGGACGCCUACGUGGGCGUGCUGGCGCGGGAGGCCGGGGUGCCGGCGAGGGACAGCGGGCGCUUCGCCAAGCAGAACGUGAACUGGAGGGUGUGUAACUACAGGUACCUCAUGGUCAUCCAUCACCUGGACGCCGGGCAGCUGCAGGAGGCGCAGCAGAGCAUGCUCAAAGCCCGCGCGGCCUGCAACCAGACCAAAGAAAUCACGGGCUGGAAAUGAAGUGGGGCCUCCACCACAUCAAUUUGCCUUGUCCGAUGCCUCUUGCUAAGGCACACACGCGCGCGCGCACACACACACACUCACACACACAAACACACACAAUCACACACACACACACACACCAAGAUGGACACCCACAUACACAGGCAUACACACACAUAUACACACAAACAUACACACACACACACACACACACACACACACACACACACACACAGACACCCCCCCCACCCACACACACACUUCUGUUUAGUGAAGUGUCACGGUAAGAUGUUGUUUCUGCCUCUGUGCUGUGGCCCUGCAAUCUCUCUUUCUCUCUCUCUCUCUCUCACACACACACACACACACACUUUGCAGUUUGCAAUAAGACUAAGCCAAGCCUCUCCACAGACCACCCACAUUAUUGGAGGAGGGCAGACUCUAAUCAGCUCUGUCUGGGGAAGUAAAAUAUGGAUCUCUGAUUUGGUUUAGCCAACUGUCACGCCAAGGUGUUGAUUUUCAUCUACGAGCUGUAAACUCUGCAAUUUGUUUCUCCCCAUCACUUGUGGUUGCUACAGGAUUAAACAGAGCCACCGCACAGAUCAAACUAUUUAAGCAGAAGACAGAUAACUAUAAUUUGUUUGGUCUGGCAAUGUGAAAUGUAGUGGUUUGAUGUUGACAAAUGCAUGUAAGACUCAAGUAAUGAUAUACUCUUAAUCACCCAACACCCAAACAGAAUUACAGCCCUCACUGUAGAGCAGUUGGUAAUUCAUUGGUUAUCAAUAUUACAGGGCAGUUGGGAAAUCUGUUGGCAUUGGAGUAAUCGUAAUAAUGACUCUGCCUUGUUUAUGGAGCUUGGACCUCAGUGGCAGGCGAGAUGAUUUACAGGAUUUUCAGUAUCGCAAUCUCUCAAACAAACAAUGGGCCAAGUUUUUAAUCCAAAAUACACCCGGCAGGCCAGCACCGGUGUCAGCUCACUGGGAGCCAGCAAACACCAACUCGGAAAAAGAUGAUAUUUACUCUCUUCGUCACCUUUCAACUGACCUCAUUACACAUAAUGGGCGUUUGGAACACUUGCUUGUGAUAACUGUCUGACAGAGAUUAGGUUUAAAAAGAGGGCUGGGCCGCCCUCACGUCCUCCAAUGCUUUUUGGUACUUGACAUAACAACCGUUCGCAUACAGUAAAUAUCUGAAGCUUCUGUUGUGUUAUUUUGACAUUUAUCACACUGGUGUGCCUUUUGGAAAUGGCAAACAUUGUUGUUCUUGUUGUUCUUUAUGUAUGCAUGUAUUCCUAUUUACAACACACACUGAAAGUGCUGUGUACGGUCAGAGUGUACCCCAAGCUAUUCUGAAAACGAAA